CCAUCAGGUAUUCGAAUCAGAAACUCCGUCUUCUUCUUUCUUUCUUUCUUCGUCGCUCUUUCAACGAGCAACCUCAUCUUUCCAUUACCUGUUGACCCCAGCUCAUUAAUGUAUAUGUAUGUGUGUGUGCGCGCGCGCGCGCGCGCAGUAUUUAUGGUUAUUUUUAGUAUUAAAUUAUAAAUACAAAGCUUCGUCUUUCUCUUUCCACCUUUCUUCAUGUUCGGCUUCGUUUCAGGGUUUAAGGCUUUUCUCCCUUUUCUUGAUCCUCUCUCUGUUUUCACUCUUGUCUCUGGAAUCUACUUUCAUAGAGGAAAAUUUAAAUACCCGUGAAGCUUCUACUUCAACUCAGUGUUCGGUCUCUGAUUUUUGGGGGAGAUUUGUUUUUUCUCAGAGCAGAUGGGUGCUAAUAUGUCUGCGAGCUCAGCAGAUUGUGAUGAAGAUAACGCGCAAUUGAAGCCUAGAUUGGGAGAUAUACCGGAGAAUUGCGUGGCAUUGCUUUUGAUGCAUUUGGACCCGUCUGAGAUCUGCAAAUUGGCACGCGUUAACAGGAUUUUCCGAGCUGCUUCGUCGGCUAAUUUCAUCUGGGAAUCUAAGUUGCCGUCUAACUAUCCGUUUCUUGCAGACAAGGUGUUUGAUGAAAAGACGCUUGUUGAUUUGGGGAAGAAAGAUCUAUAUGCGAGGCUUUGUAAGCCUAAUCCGUUCGAUGGUGGCACCAAGGAAAUGUGGUUGGAUAAGAAUAGCGGUCAGCUUUGUUUGUCAAUUUCUUCCAAGGCCUUAAGGAUCACCGGGAUUGAUGACCGGAGAUACUGGAAUCAUAUUGCCACCGAAGAAUCCAGAUUCCAGACAGUUGCAUACCUUCAACAGAUUUGGUGGUUUGAAGUAGAUGGAGAGUUGGAGUUCCAAUUUCCUCGAGGAACAUAUAGUGUGUUCUUCAGACUCCAGCUUGGUAGGUCAUUGAAGAGGCUCGGCCGUCGGAUUUGUAACUCGGAGCACAUCCAUGGCUGGGACUUAAAACCCGUACAGUUUCAGCUAACAACUUCGGACAGUCAGCAUGCUGUAUCUAAAUGUUACCUGGAUGAUCCUGGGAAUUGGAUUCACUACCAUGUAGGGGAUUUUGUUGUUGAGAAUCCCAGUGUGUUAACAAAGAUCAAGUUCUCAAUGACCCAGAUCGACUGCACUCACACAAAAGGUGGUUUGUGCGUAGACACGGUUUUCAUAUAUCCCAGUACCAUGAAAAAUGAGCUUAGAUCCUCAUUUUUGUAGAUAGCGUGUAUGAAAAAGUUGUAGCCUCAUUGUGGCCUUUUGAUUUGGGAUUUUGCUUUUUAUUGGGGCUGGUUUCUUGUGUUAGUUUUUGUAGACACAAGUGUGCGACUAUUGUUAAUUUUCCUUACAAAUAAUAUAACACAAUUUGUGUAGAAACA